UAGGUGUGUGCACAGUUUUGUAGGAACAUGCAAGGAGGCAAAGUGCCUGUUGUUAUGAUAACCCCGCAGUCAGCCAGCAGCAGCGGCAGCCGAUCGGGAAAGUGGAGCAGGCAUGUCAUCUUUUAGGGAGUUGUUGUUUGGGAGUUGCACAGCCAGUCCGACGGGUUGUGCCGGGGCUGGGAGCCCCAGCUUGUCAGGGCCGGGAGUCGCCUCCCUUUCCGUCCCCUUUCCCCCCGACCGCAACACCCCCUGUCCCCGAUCCUCCCAGCGGGAGGGAAAGCUCAUCGGAUGCACUUUGGGGCUCCCCGGCUCCCCUCGCCCGGCUCCAGCCGGCACCAGAGCGGGGCUGGGAGGAGAAGGGGGAGAGACAAAGUUUCCCAGCUCGCUUCCGGGACUCCUUGGAAGGACGCGGCUGGGGCUGAGCCCCGGCGCCUCUCGCCUGCCUGAUUCCUCGCUUGGAUCAAGCGGGGUCUGAACGGCAAAGAGGGGAUCAAAGGUAGAGGGGUAGGCGGAGGAGGCGGCGCUGCAGCCCGGGGCCCCGGUCCUGCACUCUCCGCGGCUUUCGCUCGGGCUCUCGCGGCUGGCUGGGGCGGGCUGAGUUGGAGCCGUCGAACCAUGGAGGUGCGGCUCGGCGAGGCGCAGCAGGCGGCGGCGGCGGGAGAGCAGCUUGGCCCCGCGGAUCAGCCCCAGCUGAAAGGCGGUGGCGGCGGAGACUGCAGCAAAGGGCCCGAGAGCGGCUCGGGCACCAAGAGAGAAGCAGGAGCCCAGCAGCUGCUGUCGCUGGCAUUUGAGGCAGCAGGAUACUCGCAGCAGCAGCCCGAGGAUCGUCACGAUGGCACCAGCAAUGGGACAGCCCGGUUACCCCAGUUGGGGUCUGUAGGUCAAUCUCCCUACACCAGCGCCCCUCCACUCUCCCACACCCCCAACGCUGACUUUCAGCCCCCAUAUUUCCCUCCUCCUUAUCAGCCCAUUUACCCCCAGUCUCAAGAUCCUUAUUCCCACGUUAAUGACCCAUAUAGCCUGAAUCCCCUCCAUGCCCAGCCUCAACCCCAGCAUCCAGGAUGGCCAGGACAGAGACAAAGCCAGGAAGCCGGGCUCUUACACACACACCGGGGGUUACCCCACCAGCUAUCCGGCCUGGACCCUCGUAGGGAUUACCGGCGGCAUGAGGAUCUACUGCAUGGACCCCAUGGGCUCAGCUCAGGACUAGGAGACAUUCCUAUCCAUUCGAUACCUCAUGCUAUAGAAGAUGUACCGCAUGUAGAAGACCCGGGUAUUAACAUCCCAGAUCAAACUGUAAUUAAGAAAGGCCCCGUGUCCCUCUCCAAGUCUAACAGCAACGCCGUCUCCGCCAUCCCCAUCAACAAGGACGCGCUCUUCGGCGGGGUGGUGAACCCCAACGAGGUCUUCUGCUCCGUGCCGGGCCGCCUCUCCCUGCUCAGCUCCACCUCCAAGUACAAGGUCACGGUGGCGGAAGUGCAGAGACGCCUCUCCCCGCCCGAGUGCCUCAACGCGUCCCUGCUGGGCGGGGUGCUCCGGAGGGCGAAGUCUAAAAAUGGAGGGAGAUCUUUGAGAGAAAAACUGGACAAAAUAGGAUUAAACCUGCCAGCCGGGAGACGUAAAGCUGCUAAUGUCACCCUGCUCACAUCACUAGUGGAGGGAGAAGCAGUGCAUCUAGCUAGAGAUUUUGGGUACGUCUGUGAGACAGAAUUUCCUGCCAAAGCAGUUGCUGAAUUUCUCAACCGACAACAUUCCGAUCCAAACGAGCAAGUCACAAGAAAAAACAUGCUUCUAGCUACAAAACAGAUCUGUAAAGAGUUCACCGACCUGCUGGCUCAGGACCGAUCUCCCCUGGGGAACUCUCGGCCCAACCCUAUCCUUGAGCCGGGCAUCCAGAGCUGCCUGACCCACUUCAACCUCAUCUCUCAUGGAUUCGGCAGCCCUGCGGUGUGCGCCGCCGUUACCGCCCUGCAGAACUAUCUCACCGAGGCGCUCAAGGCCAUGGACAAAAUGUACCUCAGCAACAAUCCCAACAACCACACAGAUAACAGCACCAAAAGCGGCGACAAAGAGGAGAAGCACCGAAAGUGAGGAUUUCCCCCCCUUCCUGCAUCCAUCCAUCCAUCCAUCCAUCCAUCCAUUCAUCCCCCUCCUAGCUCCCUCCCUCCCUCUCCAAUCACCCCAGGCUACAGCAACAAAAUCAAUGCCCUUCUGCCCAUCCUGUUCUCUAUCUCUGCAGGACUACGCUGUCCUUCCUCCCUUCCAGCCUUCAGCACUUCAUUUGCUCCUAGUUACUUCCCCACACUUCCUUACCCUGGUUUGGAGCCUGAGAGAACAGAAAUGGGUGAUGGAGCCAGCAAAGAAAAAAGUUCUGUCUGAGUUUGUGAACUUUUUUUAAAAAAACAAAACAAAAACAAAAAGAGGAAAAAAUAAAAAAACAAAACAAACAAAAAGAAAAGGAACUUUUUUUUCUAAAAAUAUAUAAAAAGAAAUAAAAACAAAUUAAUAAAUAAUACUAAAAUAUAAAUCUAUGAGCUUCAUCGGACUGAAUCACCAACUCCCCUUGCAUAAACUUCAGUUAAGAUUGUAGCCAUAUUAAAAAAACAAAACAAAAAACAAAAACAAACCUAAAGAAAAGCAAAAGGCAAAAAGGAUUGAUGACAUUUUAUCAGUAUUGUGAAUAAACUUGAACACAAAACACACGCAAUUCCAUGUCAUGUCUUCAGUUGUAGAACUUUUUCCUGUCCAAGGUAAAGCGACCAACUUGAACUUUCUAUUGCGACACGAUUCACAGUUAUUAUAUAAGGGAAUCAGUGUUUAUGUAUGUAUAUAUUUAUUUAUGUGUAAUUUAAUGGGAACUGUAAAUAUGGUGAGUCUGUUUUAAGCCUUUUUUUAUUUAUCUGGUGAUCUUGUUUACCUCUUGUUUAGUGGGUUUUAAAUCUUCCCUUCUUAGUUCAUCAUGUGGUUCAUGGUACUUAUUUAGAAAUCAGAGUUUUUUUGUUUUGUUUUGUUUUUCUCUGGGAUUCAUCAUUUUUUAACCCUGUUGUAGCAUGUUAAAGGCGACAAUGAAGCAACUGAACAAACAAAAGAAAAUUGAAUUUUUAUAUAUAAUUAGUAUUACAUUUAGUUUCUCAUUGAAAAAGAAAAAAAAUAAAGUGAUGUUGGAUCCAGGCAAGAUUUUUAAACGUUAGUGGUUUUACAACUAUUACGUGUUGUGGAAAAAAAAAGUUCAUUUUCACCCACUGUCCUCCUGAAAGUAUCAUCAGAGCAAUAAAUUAAUAUUGUCUUUUAGAUCAAGGUUUAGUUUUUCUUUUCUUUGCCCUUUUUUUUUUCCCCCAAAGAACUUCAAAUAUUUGGGACCACCUGGUAUCCUGUAUUUCCACUGGCCAUAUUGGAAGCAGUUAUAGUUGUAUUGUAUUGAGUUGUGCUGGCAGUAGUUUCCAUGCCUGUCAAUGUAUCAUAGUCCUUUGUUGCCCAGAUAAAUAAAUAUUUGAUACGCUUUAUGUCGAUUUUUUUAUUCAGUGGCUGUCUUUACCCAGGCGUAUUUUUGUUCUUGGCAGUAUUUUUUAUUCAGUAUGGUUACAGUAAUUGAGUUUAACUCUCCCUUGACAAUUGCUCUUUGCAAUAAGCAGCUGAACCCAUUGUUUCCCUCAAGUAUAAUAAAAACUUACUUUCAACUUGGAGUUCAGAGCAGGGUAUCAUUUAGAUAUUCCACUGAGUCUGUAUUCAGACAAAUGACACAAUAAAACACAAUGUAUUCUUUUGGAUAAAAAAUUGUCUGUACUAGUAAAGAAAUGACACGCUAUCUUUUCUUUAACCAAAACAUAAUUUUAUUAAAAAAAAUAAAGUUUUAUUUUAUUUAUGUUGA